AUGGCUUGUAUCGAGACAAAAGGCACUCUUGUUGAUUUAAACGAAGUUCAAAAAACUAUAUUACAAUGGAAGAAUCACAAUUUCUUAAACCUUAGCGAGAUUGGCGUAGCUACAAAUGGAAUUUUUGAUUUGACGGAUGUAAAGAAUAAAUUAUUACAGUGGAAAACUCAGAAGCUUGCUGCACUUUGUCCUUCAAAUGGAGCUCAGCUUCAAAAUUUACUCAAUCUUGUAUGCAGUACAGCUCAACCCACUAAUGUUACUUUAAGAGAUGCUUGUAUCACGUGUUUUAGUCGAGUAACAGCAAUGUCGGAGGGACCGCAAGAAUUAACUGCUCUGAGUGCUUGUGCUUCACAAUAUUUUGUUAACACUUCAUAUGCUGCUUGUGCAACUUCAUUGGCGGCUUUGUCAACGUCAGCUCUUAAUGUACAGCCCUCUGGUUGCUAUAUGGGCUAUUGUGAUUUCGUUCGUUGCUUAAGAAGAACUAAUUCCAUUAACUUGAUCACACAAUGCACCAGAGAAGCUCGAACUGGUGUUAAUAUAACGGUAGAUGCUGACAAUGUUCGGUUUUAUACAAACGUAACAUCAUGUUUAUUGGCGAAAACCCGCUGCAGCAGCUUCAAUCCAAUCACAGGAGAUCCCCAAAUACCUGGUUCAUCAACAUCUGGAUCCAGAAUUAGCAACGCGCUGCAGUUUUCACAAAGCGGUGAACUCAGAAUUCUUGCUUUCUCCGCGACUACACCAGUGUUGAAUGCAUUUUGUUCCAGUUCUACGAAUUUGACGCAAUCUAGCUGGCUUACUAAUUCGUGUUAG